UUUCGGGUCAAAUCCAUACAGUAAAUCUUCACAUUGCUCUUCAGCGUCUCCUCUCGUUCUGAGGAACAAGAACGCUUACAGCACAAGACGUCUCUGCAGUAUUUUCCUGACAGGAGCAGGGAGAUAAUUAUAUCAACGCAGGAAAGGACACAAGCAAGGAAAACAGAUGUCAGGACAAAAGAGGGGAGAGAGAGAGAGGGAAUGAAAGAAAUGCAGAGAGGGAGGAGGAGGGGGGGGGUGCAUUUGUAUUCCCCUCCUCUCAACUCCCUCCUGCUUUGAAACGAGUCUUACUUAAAAGACGGGAAUCAAACCGCCCCAACAGCGCGAGCAUGAAUGACAUUAAGUUGGCCCUGCUUGGAAGUCCGGGAGCCGGAAAGUCAGCAGUCCUCGUGCGCUUCCUGACCAGACGCUUCAUCGGAGAAUAUGCAUCUGACACCAAUUCUCUGUAUCGAAAGAGGCUGUCCAUCGAAGGCAGGCAGCUGAAUCUGGAGGUGUUUGACCCCUGCUCGCAGAGCUCGGAGGCCAGGUGCAUACUGGAGGAACCGGUGGAGUGGGCAGACGGCUUUGUGGUGGUCUACAACAUUAGCGACCGCACUUCCUUCCUCGACGCCAAGAACAUCCUGCGGCAGAUCCGUGAGGCCCGUCAGCAGGACCAAUGCAAAGGGGAACUGCUCAGCAUCCCUGUGUGUCUGCUGGGUAACAAGCAGGACCUGUGUCACGCCCGGCAGGUGCGCGAGGACGAAGGCCGUUGCCUGGCGCAGGAGAACCGGUGCCACUUCCAGGAAGUGUCAGCGGCGGAAAGCUACCAGGACAUUGCCGCCCUCUUCACGCAGCUCAUCAGGCAGGUGAUGGAGCACCUGAAGUACCGCGCCGACCGCCGGCGCUACAGCGGCUCCAAGUCCAUGGCCAAGCUUAUCAACAACGUAUUUGGCAAGAGGAGGAAGUCGGUGUGAAAAAAGGGACACCGACGUGUGUAGACACUGCUUCCAAAUGGUACCAGAGGAAAGAUGAAAUCUGUGGGUUUACAUUUAACCAAAAAUAUAUUCAUCUUUUGUUUGUAUUUUGUUGUAGAACACAUGCCAUUUGUCAUGUUGUAGCUCACGAUGGUAGGUUGUAAUUAAUGUACAUAAAGUGACAGAUUAUAGAUGUACCAGCUAGGGGAGGGACUGAAGCACCUACCAAUGCAAUAAGCAGUCACUCAGUAUCGAGACUUGGCGCAUGUUGUAAACUAGUAUUCAAGAUAAUCGUAUGUGAUGUGGAAAUGGCGUCUUUAACAAGGAUCAUUGCUGCACCGUAGUCCUUUUAUUUUGCUUUUCGACAUAAAGUAAGAAUAGGAAAUCAGGAUGGUCAGAAUAUUCAUCUUUCUGCUCUUUCUGAAAUGCCCUCAAAUUCUACAAGAUUCCACCACUCAUAUGACAACUCGGAUUACAUGAAAAUUCUGAAGCGGUUAAGCAAACAAAAGCAGUUGGAAUUCAACCCAGAGAAAGAACACAUAUUUCAAGUGUACAAAGUUGUUGGUUCAAACCUUGACAUCCGGAACAUGAAAAUAUCUACUGUAAAUAUCACUUUGCAAAACAGAUGGAUGAACUGUUCCACAGAGUUUACUUAACCUUUAUGGUGGUCUAUGCUAGACUGAGUGACAUCUUCAUUUAAUGGUCAUUAUAAUGUUAAUUAACCCAACUUAAGGUGGCCUAAAAUUUUCACGCAUUACUGUAUUUAAUGUAGAAAUUAAUUAAACUCUGGUAACUAUUUGUUAGCAUUGACAGGAGAGAUUUUAUUUUUAAUACUAGGAAACAAUUUGUGAUACCCCAAAAUAGUUUCAGGAUUUUGAAGAUACUGAACUUGGAGUCUUUAAUUGGACACUCUAAAUUGCCCCAAGGUGUGAUUGUGAGUAUGACUGGUGUCCGUCUCCGUGUGCCCUGCAAUGAUUGGUUGACAACCAGUUCAUGGUCUACCCCGCCUCCUACCCGUUGACAGGUGGGAUAGGCUGCAGCAUUUCCGCGACCCUUGUGAGGAUAAGCGGUUCAGAAAUCGAAUAGAUGGAGGAACUUGGGAACCGGAAGCAGGCUAGCUAAAAACUUUGCCAAAAUUCCUCAGACAAGCCAACCAAACA